UAUUUCCUUAGUUUCGAUUCACAAUUCACCGGGCGGACUUGUCUGAGGAACGCGGAACACGACAAAAUCUUUUAAGUUUUCAGGGAAUGAAUCCAUUAGUACCGAAUGAAAUGAAGAUAAGACAGAACCUGCUGAAUAGCAGCAAUGUGUUUAUCAAAGAAUCUCUGAAAUUCAUUAAAUCAAUGAUGACAAAGAGAAAGCUCUGCAAAGAGAGGGGAAGACGUUACAUUAAAGAGAUUCUACACAGCAUCUUCUUCAUCGGCUAUAUUAACAAACCACCCAUUAAUCCAAGAGAUAUUCUAGAAACAGACCUUCACUCAAAACUGUUUGAGAAGUUUCCAGAUGUGUUCCAAUCGUACGAAACCCAGUUGCCCCGUAGACCUCCUUUCUCAGUACUGUUGGAAGUGGUUGUUGAAACAACGGGGGACCGAAGUGUUACUGCCAUUCUGGAAGUGCUGCAGAAACUCAAUGAUGACAUGAUCAUUCGCAGAAGUGAGGGUAAUUUCUGUGGAAAUGACUUUUGUUUUGGGGCGACUGUCGUGAGCUGCUCCUAUUUUCAGAGGGGUGGUCAGAAAACCCAGAACUACUUUGGUGCUUCCGUGAGCUGCAAAGGGAGGAAGGCAACGAGGAUUUUCAUUUGUCUGGCCUGCAUUGAGACAUGGAAUGACAACAUGGCCCAUGCUGUGUGUUUGGCUUCCAAGCAUCAUAGGUCAAUCUCGCUGCCAGUUGCAGUGUACUCUAUGGCUUAUCAAGUGUGCCGUGUAAGGGAGGGAGAGAAUUACAGUCACAUAUAUGAAGAACUGUCACCAUGUUUAUUGUGCCAAGAAAUAUUCCCAAAUGUUACAUUUUCACCACCAGCCACAGCAGACCAAGAUAAGCCAUCCUGGAAUUAUGGCAAUUGUGCUGAAUGUGAGGCUAUCAGUAAUCUUCUGAAUGGAGAGAUCAGUGUUAGUGAGGAAGCAGAGCAUCUGAAUGCCAGAUUAGUGCCUACUCUAAGGACAUUGCGUGGACACCGAGAACAUCAACUGAGAGGGCAUCUGAACAAAUUCAAUUUUAAGAUAACCCCAGAGGCCAGAUUUUAUAAUCCAUAAUAGCACAACUGUGAUACACAGUUUUUUUUCUAUAAACCUACAUACAUAAAAAAAUUCAAGUAAUAAAAUGCAGUUACUUUCUUAAUGGGAGACAAACAUCAGGGCGAGUGAUGUACACCUUCCAGCAUGUGCAAAUUGUAAACUCAAAUUUCAACUUAUGUAUAUUCAAACAAAACAAGAUUAAUACUGUUUUAAGUGUUUUAAUCAGGUUUAAUGAUGUUUCUGUUUUUGACAACAAGGGGUUGCUGGGGUCGGUGCAAAUGUAGUGAUGAAGGGGCGUGGAGAUAUUUUUCAUGUACUUGAUGGGCGCUACAGAAAUGCAAAAUUAAGAGGGAUGCCUUUUUCAGCGCUCCGCUGCCAGGAAAGGCACCCCCUGUUUAAUCUGGCUGUGCAUUAGCUACACCCGUAAACCUUGUACAGGUUACUUAAGACUCUCUCAAAUACAAAUUACAAAAAGCAUUUGUUGACGGGAGAUACAGGAAUGUAAAAUUAAAGGAGAUGCCUUUUUCAGCACCCCCUGUUAAAUCUGGAUUCAUUCUACAGACACCCAUUGAAAUUGUACUGGUAACUCAUAUGUCACAGCAGGGCAUGUUGCAAGCAGAAAGAAGGUGACGAUCCACAGUGUGGCUCCAAGACAAUAGGGGUUUAUUAGUAAUAAUGAACACAACAGAGAAGGCACAAAAUAAAAGGACAAUGCACAAGGGGCAACAAUAAGGAACAAAUUAAAGAUCAUGAUCUAAACAAAACACUGGGAACAAGAUUAGGGAAGUGAGCAAAGCAACAAACACAUGGUACAUUGUCACAACCACAUUCAGUGAGCAACUGGGGAAAUGAGCAAAGGCAGGAACUUCAAUGCACAGACCAAACUGAGCUAAUGAGGAUGCAGGAGAGAAGCAUUAACCAGACAACCAAUCAAACAGAACACAGAGAAACAAACAACAUGUGCAAGUAAUGAACAGGGAAAAUCAUAGAACUAGGAAGGUUAACAAACUAGAUAAACUAGAUCACACUAACCACAGGAAUACAGGGCUAAUACAGAAUACAAGAAGCACAAAAAAAACAGAACCAAACCCAAGGAAGGUGGACCACCGGUGGGAGAGCUACGACAGAAAAUAAAAACUAAAAACCAAAACUACACCGAAGAGAACAAAAGUCGAACACAAAACCGGGAAGAGAUGAGGCUGGGAUAUGCCAGCCUUGGACCCACACCCUGUGGCUCACGGACACUCAAUGUCACAUGUUUUUAUUAUGUCACUUGUUCUUAUAAUAUAAACUCUUUUUAAAAUAAAACACUACCUAUGAA